AUACACCAGAGUCGUUACACUCAUUCUCACGAGCUUUUUCAUUUUGGUCCCGUUUGCAAAAAUAUAGCAGAGGCUCUAACUAGGGUUUCGGCUUUCCCAAAAUCAAGUAAUCGCAGCUUUAGAAGGAUCAGAGACAGAUCAGAAAUGGCAAACGUGGAGGGCGAUAAGACGCUCAGAAAAAUUGCUGAUGCCUUCAAGGAACUUGCUGCCAUGGUAAACUCGGAAACGGCUGAUGUUGAAGUGGCCCCCUUUUCACGUGCAUGUUCUUUCGUUUCUCCUCUCUUCGGUUGUUUAGGCAUUGCCUUCAAGUUUGCGGAAAUGGAUUAUGUUGCAAAGGUUGGCGACCUUGCAGAGGCAUCAAAGUUGAUCACGACACUAAAUGCAAUGCUUGAUAGGGAUAUAGAAGGGAAUUGUGUUAGGAAAGCUGGGAGCCAUACAAGAAACCUUUUGAGAGUGAAGCGCGGUCUUGACAUGGUCAGGGUACUAUUUGAACAAAUUCUAGCUACAGAGGGUGAUUCCUUGAAAGAUCCAGCUUCCAAGGCGUAUGCUCAGGUCUUUGCACCGCACCAUGGCUGGGCGAUCAGGAAAGCCGUAGCUGCCGGGAUGUAUGCCCUCCCUACAAAGGUACAGCUAAUGAAGAAACUAAAUGAAGAUGAGGCAUCGGCGAUAAUUCAAAUGCAAAACUUUGUCGCAGCUUCCGGUCCGGUUAUUUUGUACAUUGACAGACUCUUCCUUUCUAGAGAAUUGGGUAUAGAUUGGUAAAAGACAGAACAACAGUAUUAACAGGUACCUGUCUAUUGUGGUAAUAAUGCAAAACUAUGUUGCAGCAUCUGGUCCUGUUUAUUGUGAUAAUAAUGCAAAACUAUGUUGCUGCAUCCUAUUGUCUUCUACAUUGAUAAAGUCUUCCUUUCAAAAGAAUUGGGAAUAAAAGAUAG